AGAUACCAAUAAUGACACCCUUUGACGUCCCAGCCCCUUCUCCCCACCACCCUAAAAUCCUCCCCAUUUCCUCCACCAUUCCACAAACCUCACCUGCUCCCAUCUCUCUCUCUCUCAAGUUCCCAAAGCUCAAACCAUGAAGAGAAGUAGAAUAAUAGAGUAGGAAGAGAUGGAAGGAAACUUGCAGCAGGUUAACAGUAAUCCAUCUCUUGUUGCAAUUGGUGUUGAUGAUUCCAAGGAGGAGGAAGAGGAGCACGUGAGGGUGGUUGGACCGGGUUCGGACCGCACGAAGAGGGACGAGUGGAGCGAGGGGGCGGUGGGGAGCCUCUUGGACGCGUACGAGGCCAAAUGGGUGCUCCGGAACCGGGCGAAGCUUAAGGGUCAGGACUGGGAGGACGUGGCCCGGCUCGUCUCGGCCAGGUCCGGCUCGACCCGGCCGGCCAAGACGCCGACCCAGUGCAAGAACAAGGUGGAGUCCAUGAAGAAGCGGUACCGGUCCGAGUCGGCCGCCGGGGGCGGCUCCAGGUGGCCGCUCUUCGCCCGGCUCGACGGUCUGGUCCGCUGCCGGGCCCCGACCACGGCUUUGGUCUUGGUCGACCGGCCGCCGGAGAGGCCCACUCCGUCGUCACACUCGCCGGAGCCCAACGGGAGAGCCGUGGCAGAGCAGGCUGAAUGUGAAGAAACCAAAGGCAAAGAACAUGUCAGCGAGAUUCACAAGGAGGAGCAUUGCAACAUGCAACCAUAUGAUCCUUGUGAUGGAAAACAACAAAUAAAUAACAAGAAGAAGAGGAGGAUGAGGAAGAGGGAAGAAAGUUGGGAGGUGAUGGAGAGCAUACAAUGGCUAGCUGAAGUGGCAUUGAGGGUAGAGCAAGGGAGAAUGGAAGCUAUGAGGGAAGUAGAAAGAAUGAGGGCCCAAGCAGAGGCAAAGAAAGGAGAGAUGGACUUGAAGCGAAUUGAGAUAAUUGCCAACACUCAGUUGCAGAUUGCAAAGCUCCUGAUUGGGAAUGAUGAUAAUGUUGAUUCGGCUUUGAGAAUUGGGAGGGGUAGCUGAAAAUUCUCAUCAAGAGGUGUGUAGAUUCUUCUAUGAUAAUGUUCCUGAAGAAAUUAGCUAUAUUACCGGCGAGGACUUCUAAAUGGAAUCUAUUGAUGGUUUGGUGUCAUGGCUGUAUCUAAUUAAAUGUGAAUCAACCAUCAAGUAGGAAUAUAGAAAUUAUCCAUGUCUCUUGCAACGAAACUUUCACUGUCCAA